UGCUCCUUCCUGUCCACCAACAAGAUGGGGAACAGCCUCCAGACCCAGACCUUCUCAGGCCCAAGGCCCGCCUGGCCAGAGGGCUGCCUGCGCAAACGUCUGCUUUCCAUGUCAAGGGUCCAUCAGAGGCCGGACUCUCUCUGGACACCCAAACCGCUGCUUGGACCAAUCAUCAAAGGCACACCGGGGAAAACACGAACCUCCCAGGAUAGCAAAGCGGUGUCCAACCUGGAUGAGGAGAGCAAGUGGACGGUUCAUUACACAGCUCCAUGGCACCAGCAGGAGAACGUCUUCCUUCCAGGCAGCAGGCCGCCCUGCGUAGAAGACCUUCACCGCCAAGCCAAAGUCAACCUUAAGACCGCCCUGCGAGAAUGCGACAAGUUGAGGAAAGAUGGUUUCCGGAGCUCUCAGUACUACUCUCAGGGUCCCACCUUCUGUGACCCCUUACAGUCCAUCAGCAGCCUGCAGGCUGAGGAGGAGGAUGACAAUGAUAAGAAGUCCACGGCUUCAUCAGCGGAGGACAACAAAUCGCAGCUCUCCAUGAGGCCCCAGACCCCGCAGGGAGGGGGCGAAGGAGGGGAGUUGUAUAAGGGUGACGGACGGAUCCAAUGGAACAAGGGCGCACCCCUCCCCACCCCAGAGGAGAAGAUGAGGCUGGCGGCCCGGGCCGUGCCCACUGACAUAGUUCCCAUCAACGUCACAGGGGCAGUGUUUGACCGACAGGCGGGCAUCCGGCGCUCCCUCAUUAAUACUGACACCGUGUCCCGCCGGCCCAAGAAGGUCAAACGCAGAAAGACUAUAUCAGGGCUGCCUGACAACUUCAACCAUGAGCUAGCAAAAGGACACGGCGGAGAGCUCCGGCCGCAUUCCAUGUUCAUCCCGGGACAGUACUCCACCUUGGGUCGAGUUGGGAGCGUCAACUCAAUGCUCCGACGUUCAGACACCAGAGACUCCGGCUGCCAGACAGAAGAAACCAAGGUUGUACCACCAUCCAUGAGACGAAUCCGGGCUCAAAGAGGACAGGGAAUCGCUGCUCAAAUGGCCGGCAUUUCUGCUUCCUCCUCAACGGGAAGUAUAUCCAUCUCGAGUAGUGACAGCUCUGGGAUCUUGAGGCUGCCUCAGUUUAAUAGAAAUCCCUCCCGUUUUCACAGUCUGCCCCGACAGGGAGCCAGGGUGUCCCUCAGUGCUGACCCCAUCUAUAGCAGCACCCCCAUCAAGUCAGAGGAGCAAACCUCAACACCUCAGAGGCAGAUUGGCAAGCUUCAAGUUGAUGAUACAGUGGUGCACAUGAGAAAUGCUCCAAGGUCAGGCACCCUGCCCCGGCCCAAGUCUCAGGAGUUCAGGGGGACACUGGCCAGUGAUUGGGGUGGUGGUCCAGCAUGUGUAGUCUCCCCGCAUGCUGCCUAUUCUACCUCACUCAUCCCCAAUGCCACCCUGUCUAGCUCCUCUGAGGUCAUUACCCUCAACACCUAUGGUCAGCUCCCCUACUCUCAAGCCUCAGCUUACCCCACAGCUCGACUGCCCAGUCUCGCCUCCUCCACCAACACUGACCCCAGGUUCUCCCGUCCAACAGCCAUCACCCACAGCUUCACAUGCCCAUCUCUGGCCACUUCUACCCCCACUCAUACACCAAAGGAUGGCGGUCUGGAGGUUGCAAAACCUGCUAGCGAGUCAGGGCACUCGGACAGCAGUAUACACAGCCUCAGCACCUUGGCUCCCACACCUCCAUCCUGUCUACCCGAGGAGCAGUGGAUCUACGACACACCAGAAAACGUGGUGGUUCCCCACCGUACUCUGACCUCCAGCUGCUCCAUUCCUAUAAACCAGUUGUAUAGCAGCCUGGACCACUCCUCCAGGACCACUACUGACUCCAGCUCCCUCUAUUCCCAAGACAAUGAUGGAUACUACACUUCCAUGCACAUGGACUCAGGCCUGCGUUCUCGGAGCCAUGGCAGUGGGCAAAGUGCAGCACCUGGACGGGCCACCAGACACAGCAUGUACGAGUGCCGCGAGAUGGCCAAUCAGGAAGACUCUGGGAGCUUGUACAGUGAUCGCUCGCUGUCCCGCAGCAUCUCCCUCCGCAAGUCCAAGAAGCCUCCUCUGCCACCAGCUCGUACAGACUCUCUUAGACGCAAGCCUUCAGUGAAAAAGCCUCUUGGAGGCGUUAGCGCCAUCAGCGGGGCUAAGGAGCCAAACGGAGCCAUGCUCAAUGAGACUCUUAUUGCCAGCUUGCAGCAGAGCCUACAGAUGGGACUGAAAGGAGGGAAAGGAAAAGGGGCUUCACCAUCUUCGCCCUCUCAAAGCCCGAGUAGUGACUAUGAUGACCCUUGGGUUCUACGGGCCCGCAGUCAGAGUAGCAUUAGUGCAGGCAGCUCUGCUGCAUCACUAGGAGCUAACGCCAACUGUGGCGGUGUGUCGAACGUAUACUCGUUAUGCCAUGUGACGCCGGCUCACAGUGACACAAGCAGCUUGCGUUCAGAAUACGCUGAUUCCUGGGGUUACUACAUGGACUACCCUCGUAACCAUGGCGAUCAGAGGGUGCAGACCCCUCCGGCCCAUGCCACAGAGAACAUGUCGGCCGAGGUUCACCCAGGAGAAUUACAGAAUGGAGGUGAGAUUCUCAACAACAGCCGGGCCCCUGGUGCUCCAGGCCAGGAGGGAGGUGUGGCAGUGAAGCCCAAAAUGGCCACCUCCUCACCGGACAGGGUGCACCGGCUGACCUCCCCAUCUAUCGGCUACUCCAGCCAGUCCAACACCCCCACAGCUGGAACCCCAGUGCCCUCGUUUGUAAGGUCCAUGUCUCCCUCAGGCAGCCGGCCAAAGCCCAGAGUGCCCGAGAGAAAGUCAUCUCUCCUCUCCUCUGUAUCCAUGUCCUCCUCCUCCACCUCCCUUUCCUCCAACACCUCGGACUCACUUAAAAGCUCCGGAACCUCCUCUUCCACCACCUCUACCUUGUCCCUCUCCUCCUCCUCAGCUCCCAACACCCCUCUCAGCCCACCUCCACCCUCCCCACCCCCUCUACCGCCAUGUUCCAGUGCCGGCACUCAACCGCCAGCUCCCCCGUCACCAACCACCCCUCAGAGUCAAACUCUGAGCCCUCCCCUUGCUUGCUCCACCUCCCCCGAAUUCCCUCCUCCUCCAUCCCCUGAAAUGCUAAUCCAUCCCAGUUCAUCUUUCAAUGGGAGCUUCAGCCCUCCCCAUCCCCCUCCACCACCUGUCCCCUCAAUGGGUCCCCCUCCACCUCCUCCACUGCCUGCUUUUGUCCCACCUUCCUCCUCCCCAUCUUUUGUGAAGGCAAUGAAAGAUGCUCCAAAAGCAGCUCUUUCCAACAGCCCUACAAAGUCACCUAAGCCCCUGAUCACCCCGUUUGCGCUGCAGAGUGUGCAGCUCCGUGCUAUUAAACGGUCAGAGAAGGAGAUUAACGGCAAAUCAGACCACACCAAAGCUCAGCUUUUUAAGCCCCAGACCCUGGAGAAGUCUUACUCCCUGGAGCAACCUGCUGUGAUACAUCUGUCAAACUGCUCCCCAGAAGAAGAUUCACGCAGCUCCUCUCCAUCACCGGUGUCAAAGCUCUUAGAAGAGUUGUUUUUAGAUUGCAAUAUCACAGAUGACGCACCAGAUAGUGCUGUCGUAAAUGGAAAAGCGGAGGAUCAGAGUUACUUUAUCUUAAACAGAAAGCAACAAGUUGAAGGACGGGAAUCAUUGCCCAGUCUGUCACAGAGCCCUCAAAGCUCUCCUGUCAAACAGAAGCCCCCAGUGGUCUCCAAGAAACCCCACAUCUCUUUCCUCCUACCAUUUAGCCCCCAACCAAUCAAUGAACAGGUUCCAUCUCAGCAUGAGGAUACAACUAACCUGUCACAAAUAGAAGACCAAGUAGAUGCACCGCAAAGACAAAUACAGAAAGAAAAGAAAGACGGUCAAAGUGAGCAACAGGAGGAAGAGGAAACGUCAGAGAGCUCUGAGCUUCUAUCAGAAAGAAGUGAAACAUCAACGGUAACCCCGAACGAGUCCUACAGUUCUGCUUCUGACAGCCAGUCAUGUCUUGACCAUGGACUCUAUACCAAUGGAGAGGCUCAAGAAGAGGAAGAGGAUGAGGGAGAUGGAACGAGUAGCACGACCGGAUCCAUCAGCUCCAAGGAGGACGACACUGCUCGCUGUGCGGCCAGCUCCUUGGGCAGCUGUGAAAUUAAUGUUGCCUUCCAAAGCAACCAAUCCAAACUUUAA